AUGACUAAACGAAAUAUAUCCGCUUUGGAUGUUUUAAACUUCGAAGGAAAAGAAAAAAUAUCAACGUACUCUAAAAAAAUUGAUGAUUUGUUAGAUGGUGGGAUUCCAGUUGGCUAUUUAACAGAAAUAUUUGGAAAUCCUGGCAGUGGAAAGUCAAAUUUAUGUUUACAACUGGCAAUCGCUGCUCAAAUGUCUCAUUCAAUGAAAGCUGGUGAAACAGGAGGUGCAAUUUAUAUUGACACUGAAGGAAGUUUUAUUCCUAUCCGACUGUACGAUAUCGCUGUCGCAGCACAUUCCCAUUACAAAAUGUCUCGGGAUACAUCAGCUCAAGUUGAUCAUAGAAAAUUAUUAGAAAAUGUCACAUAUUUUCGUUGUUUGAAUAUCACAAAUUUAAUCUCUUGUAUCAUGCAACUAAAAGCGCUAUUUUUAUCAGAAAAAAAAAUAAAAUUGAUCGUUGUUGAUAGUUUAGCUCAUCCGUUACGUACUGUUGAAGGUGACAAUAGUUUAAGAACAAAAUAUACGACAAUGGUUGUAUCUAUUUUGCAAAAAUUAGCCACGGAUUACAAAUGUGCCGUCAUUGUUACGAAUCACACAGCAACAAAAGUAGAUUCAUCUCACGGAGAAAAAUAUACAACUCCAACGCUCGGUGAAAUGUGGGGACAUUUGCCACUCAUACGCUUGAAAUUAUCAUGGAAGAAUAAUUGUCGUGAUGCUAUCUUGAUCAAAUCUCCACAUCAACCAGAAGGAUCUGUUCCAUUUCAAAUCACUGCUGGAGGAAUUCGUGACGUUGAUACCGUAACAAAUGGCAAUGACUGUCCAGAUGUUGAUUCAAACUGA